UAAGAGAGACGAAGGGUGAACGUACACAAUGGUCUCAACAGAGAACAAAGACAAUCACCAUCUGCAUGACCAACAGAGCAGAGGCCUUAUUUAACAUGGUGACAUUUUGAAGUGUAUGAAACAUACAUCAGAGCCCAUUCACAUUAUGUUGAAAGCAUACUUACAAAACUGUACCAAUCCAGACUAAGGAGCGGGUUUGAGUUUAUGUUGCACAUCAUGAUCGGCUAAUUCACAUGGACCAGAUAUAUUCUUAAUCCCUCUGCAUACACACACAUACAUCAAGCUCAUAACAAUAUAAGAAUAAUAUAUAUAUAUACUUCCCCCCAAAAAGCAAACAAACAUGCACGCAUCAAUCAAUUGGACACCUCUCUCCUGGGGAAAAACAGCUAAAAUAUCAGCAGGACAACAACUUGAAGAUGGAUGAUGGAUGUCAGAGGAAGAUGGCCAAGUGGAAGUAAACAUAAUCCAAAAUAGUCUCACUUUGAAUGUAUUUGCCUCUGUGUGUGCACUGCAGGGCCUACGAGGUUAUCAGGCUGAAGGGCUACACCUCCUGGGCCAUUGGUAUGUCCGUGGCUGACCUGGUGGAAAGCAUCCUCAAGAACAUGCACAAAGUGCACCCUGUGUCCACACUGGUCCAGGGCAUGCACGGCGUGAAGGACGAGGUCUUCCUGAGCAUCCCUUGUGUCCUGGGCAACAGCGGCCUGACGGAUGUGAUUCACAUGACACUGAAGCCCGACGAAGAGAAGCAGCUGGUGAACAGCGCUGAGACCCUGUGGGGCGUCCAGAAGGAGCUCAGCCUCUGAAUACUCCGAUGCGCUCUGAAGCCACCCCCUACACCGUGUGGUUGUCUGCCUCCUUUGCCCCUUCACAGUCCAAUGAAACAUCGGGAUAUCUCAAAAGGUUUAGUGUGUAAGCUAGAUGGUUCUUUCAGAUAUUCACGUAUGGGUGUCACUUUCCUUCUGUCCUCCUUCCUCCAUGACUGAAUUCUCAGAAACCUAACUUCCCCCCUUCAGCCUGUGCGCUCACCCGCCGUCUAUCGUCUCUUUGUCGCCUCUGCAUAUUGCGUUUACAUUCUAUGUACUGUAUAUGUUAACUGCACUGAUGUUGUUUCUUCUGUACACUCAGUUUUCGUAGUUUAUAUUUAUUCUGUGAUUGUUGCCAGCUGUUUUUCACCUCUUGGAAAACUCAGUUUUAUUUGGAGUAUAAUGGGGACAUUCCAUUCCCCGUGAGGAGGCCUUCGCAUCAAGCUGUAGUCACGAUGACACGGCUGCAUAGCACUGGGUACCAACGUAUCUUAUUAUUUGAGAAAGGCAAUGCUACCUUUACUGGUCGGCAGUGAAGGCUUCGUCACAAGCAAAACCACAAGUGCACUAACUUCUAAGAUUUACUUAACCUCAGCAAAGAGAUGAGAGAAUCAGUGCAAAUAGUCAGCCACACUUAUGGCCUGGGGGUCAGGUUAUGAAUGUUAACAGAAUGUAAUGAACUUGUAUUUAUUUUUACUCCAACAGACUGCUAAAAAGUAUAUCAAGAGAAUAAUGAUGGUAUUAUUUAUAGCUGUUAAUACUUUUAAGAUAUAUUUAUGUCUUACCGUUACAACUUGAGACAUGGUUUAUUAAUCACGGAACUCACUGAGAAACUGCACCCGUCAUGGCAGCUGUGUAUUGAUAUAUAUUUGUCGUAACAUCCAAUAAAUCUGGAAUACUGUU